ACUCCCCAAUUAUUUCGGGUUUAAGUCAACCUUUUAAAGAGCUCGUGUAGUCAAGCCUAACACUCUACUCUGUUAUAGAAUCGUUGACUCAAGCAGUCUAUAGAGAGGGCUCCGGUCCGGUUUGCUUUAGGGUAUAUAAGCAAACUUAUUAACCUUAUCUCUUCAUUAUAUUGUACUGGACAGCGUGCACAGCCUAUCCAUGAAGUCCUCACGGCCUCCAUGGCCUAUCCUAUUGGGUCAACCCCUGCCCUAGUACAUGCCUAGUACCACCGGUGACGUCACCCAGAUAGCAGCCGGAUCAACUAAAGUGCUCAUAUGUUGCCACUAACAGUUCCGCUUUGAUCCAACUACAACCAUGUCAUCAUCCCCAUAUCCAGCACGUCAAUUGCUCCUGUUGUCCAACUCCACGCUCCACCCCGGCGGGUACCUAGAGUACGCCCAAGGCUACAUCAAAGACUUCCUCGGGCGAUCCGCCGUCAAAAAGGUGCUUUUCGUGCCCUUUGCCCUACGAGACCAUCAAGGCUAUACUGAUAAAGUCAAAGCGGCCUUGGGGCCAUGGGGCUUCCAAGUGGAAGGCCUCCACGAUUUUGCCGACAAAUGCCAAGCGGUGAACUCUGCUCAAGCUAUCUUCAUCGGGGGCGGAAAUACGUUCCAACUCCUCAAGGGUCUGUACGAUUUCCAAGUUCUGGAGGCCAUUCGAUCUCGGGUGUUGGAUCAUGGGAUCCCUUACAUGGGAUCGUCGGCCGGCACGAAUGUCUCGACCAAAUCCAUCCACACCACCAACGACAUGCCCAUUGUAUUUCCACCCUCCUUCGAAGCCUUGAACCUGGUGCCUUUCAAUAUCAAUCCCCAUUACCUGGACACGGAUCCCAACUCGACCCAUAAAGGCGAGACCCGCGAGGAGCGGAUUCGACAAUACCAGCAAGUGCCCGGGGUUCCACCCGUAGUGGCCUUGCGAGAAGGUAGUUUGCUCGAGGUCACGGGUGAUCAUGCUAUCUUGAAGGGCCAGUUGGAAGCCUUGCUCUUCCGCGGAGAUGCCGAGCCUCGAAGCUACCCAACAGGCACGGAUUUCGGGUUUCUCUUUCAAGAACUCAAAGCCCAGUGAGAUCACAAUAAAGAAUUGAUUUAUCAUUUGGAAGGACAA